AUGCAGCACUCUGCGACAACAGCGCACAACUUGCACUCCGACCUCGCCUCCUUAACACCAACAGCACCCUCGCCUCCUACCGCACCGUGCGGCGAUGGACCAGCUCCCAAAGGGGACCAAGACACAUUGUACCCCCGAGACGCCAGAUCUAAACCCACCGGACACAUCCUAAAGCUUAUAGAGGGUAGUGGAGGACGUUUUCCCGGAAUCGGUGUGGACGACGGUAGGCCAACACGAAGGGUGGCGGAGAACGUCUGUAUGGAGGCCGCGUACGGUGUGUUGGACGACGAUGACGGUAGUGACAAGUGCCUGGAUGGCUGA